CCAAAGUCCAUGGCCAUUAAACUCUUAUUUCUGUCUGACUGUCCAACGUAACACGAACCACAACAUCGUUACAAACGCAGCGGGAAUGCUGUAUGAAGAAUGUAUUUUGCGGAGGAAAUAAAAAUGCCAACAACGAUCACAAAUAAAUGGGAGCUGGGAGCCAUGUUAGCUUUGAGUGCACAUAACUGAAUUCAGUUUGCGACAAGAGCUUAACGUGAGACGACGUUCGAAAAUCUCUGCGCAUUGACUAAAACCUCGGCAUUUUGAAUUAAAUUUCACCAGUUUUAAUAUUGUAGAUUAUAAUUAAAAUUCCUGAAUAAAAAGCGUAGAAUACAUGAGUGCAAAGAAACAUUAAAAAAUAAAAGAAACAUAAAAAACAUAGCAGUGAGAACAUUGGAAUUAUUAAAAAAUGACUUCUGAAUUCGACUAAAAAUUCGGGAAGCAAGGAGCACAAGUGCAUGCAGAAAUUGGUAGAAUAGUAACAUAAAUAAAUAGAUAUACAUAGAUAUCAACCGGAGUACUAUACAAGCUUCUAGCGCUAACACGGUGUGUGAAAACGGAGCUGCAGAAUCACACUAAUUUAGUUUUCGUUUUGGAUUGAAUUAAGUAUGAAGAUAGACAGACUUCGGUGCCUUUUCUGGGCAAUGCUGUACUGCUUAUUACAUCUAGCCUUAGCAUCGGAAGAUGAUUUGGCUGACUUUGAUUUUACGGAUCACAAAGAAAUCGAAUGGGAUUAUGAUAACCAGCAAAUUGCAGAUAAGCCACAAAAUGCUGCUAAGCAGAACUUUGUAAAAGCAUCAGACACUUUUUUUGACUCUGAAGAAGAUAAUAAAAUUCGACCAUUCGAUUGGCGAGAAAAUGUUUUAAAAAGUGCUCUUUCGAAAGCAUUAACGAAUGUCUCGUUGCGGCAGAAAUUUGUGGAGGUUAUGCCAAUAUUACGUGUGUUAUCGUCUCAGCAACGUCUUGCUCUAUCUGCGCUAAUUUCAGCACAAAUUAAUGCCAAGGGAGACCACGGACUCAAAUUAGAGCAGGUUCGCAUGAUGUUCGGUGAUAAUGAAAAAUUAUUGCUGCCAAUUGUGUUUGAUAUUGCAAAUCUUGUACGCUGUUCUGCUCGCAAAUAUUUAAAUUUGGAUUUUAACGUACCGUUAUCUAAACUGCAACGUCAUGACGAGCCAACCGCUAUUGACAGGCGUAUCGAUGACUUAUCUUCAGUUGAACUGACUGAAGAUGACAACUAUAAGAAUAUUGGUAGUUUAUCCGUCUCCGCUGGCCAAGGCAACAAUGAAUUAUCGCUAGAAGACUUUUUUAGCGAAACUGGUGAAGAAAUGUUAGACCCACAAAGCAUAAAUGACGAAUUGCAAGAAAUCAACAGAAAAAAUGCGGCCCUGAUUAUUAACACAAAAAUACCUACACCAACAAACAAAAGUAAUAUAAACCCGAUUGAGGAAUCCGUGAAGCGAACCAAACGUGCGGCUGCUACAUCAGUGCUUGUUCACAAACUGAUUCGUUCAGUACCGCUUUCAGUCGACGAAGAUAGCGUUAAUCGUGGUGCUGGAGAAAAUACUGUUCAACUGAACACUUCCGGUUUUCUUAGUUCCAAAGAUUUAACUAGUGAUAGUUUUACCAACAGCACUAGCACAAUGAUAACGAUGUUGCCCGGAAAUGAAAACAAACCAAUCACUGGUAGUCAGCUUCAGUCCACACCGUCAUAUAAAGAAGUUGAGGAUCUUGCUUUUGCCAGUUUGAAUGGAACGGUGGCUGAUUUGCAAGUCGCUACUGACCUACCAGUUGAUUCUUUGGACGAACCAUUGCCAAGCCCAGAGGAGCUUAUUGCUGGGCCACGGUACCGCAUUUCUAACAGUAAAAUGCAUCCCAACCGACCAAAACAACCAACGACGAAGAGAAAACGCGGAGAAGUGUCGCGCAUGCGUUCGAAGAUAGCAACACAUAAAAAUAAUGUAGGCAACGGUGUUACACCACCCAAAAAAUGCGAGCGAUUCACUUCUUCCAUGUGUAUUCGAACUGAAGAUUACCCGCUAGAUCAGAUAAUGGGCAGCAUUCGACGACACAAGAACGCUAUGACUGCACUAUGGGCCGAUUAUCACGACAAAUCUGCUCAGCUAGACAUCACUGAUGAUUUUGAUGACUUCUCCAUUCGUCGGCGAGAAGAUGACGCCAGUGGAGGUGGGAUGUGCCAAAGUAUCGUUCGAUAUGCGCGCCCUCAAAAAGCUCGUUCCGCAUCCGGGGAGUGGAAGUAUAUAGUCAACACUGGGCAACACACUCAAACCUUAAGAUUAGAAAAAUGCACUACACCCCAAGAGAGUUGCUCCUACUUGGCACAAAACUAUCGCUCCCACUGCGCUCAGGUCUACAAUUUUCACCGUCUGCUUAGUUGGGACAAAGCUCGAGGUCUACAUGUGGAUAUUUUCAAAGUACCUACGUGUUGUUCAUGCCAAGUAGAUGGUUUUAGACAACAGUUUCCUCUCUUGGCUAGUAGCAAAACAAAAGACUUCACCCCAGUUGCAGGUGUAGACGUGUAUUCAACUAUAAACGAAGAGCUCGACUAUGAUGAUGAACAGGGCGAGGAUGAUCUAGGUUACAAAUUUAAUAGUGCUUUUAAGCGAAAGCAUAAAAAACAGGAUACCGGCUACGAUAACAAUGAACUAUUGUUAAGUAGCCAUAACGUACGGGCCAAGCUUCAUUCUCCCAACCCAACACUGGGUUCCUAUCUGAGUCCGCCCGGUGGUGAAGAAGAUUACGAAGUUUUUGACUAUAAAAAUCAACAGCAUCAGCAUCAGCAUUUCGGUUCUUCUUCUAGUGGCUCAUCUGCACCGACGGGAAAAAACAUAAUUAGGGACUCGGUACGUAGACGCCCUUAUAAAAGCCUGGGUACCGGCAACAAAUACAAUGAAGCUCGUGUAGAUUUGGACUUUUCGCCAAGUGAAGUGCAUUCGGAGAAAGAGGUAAACAUAUCUGGCGGCUCAUUUGCCAAUCCUAAUAAGCGAGUUCCACAAAAACGGCAACAUAUUCAUUCUGUGCCCCAUACAGCUACUGUCAGCACCCCAUCGACCGCAGCAGCAAAGGCAAUGGUUACCUUAUCUACCAUCCCAAGCAAGUUUCCCAUGGCAACAGAAUUCACCACCCCGGCGACAACGACCAGAACACGUGGAGUCGUCGGAAGCCGUGAUGGUAUUGCCACCAAUACCUACCAAACGUCAGCGUCGGGCUUCGUCCACAAUGACACACAUCAAAAACAAAUCAAUAUCAGCAACAACAUCAACAGUGUUUACAGAAAUAGACAAUUCGUCAGUAUUUCAGGGAAGAAGCCAAAACCACGAUUUCGCCCAGCAGCUGGGACCACAUCGACAAAACAUGCAGCAGAAACCACUUCGAGAGCAAUACCAUCGCAAACCGAAUAUCCGAACCAGUGGAGUGUAUUCAAGCAUCCCCAAUCGACGCCAACGCAGCCCCAACGUAUUCCUUCCUACCAUGUAAGCUCUAUCUAUAGCUCUGAACCUAAUGCGAAGGAUGAAGUCAACGAUGUUGGCGUUGGCUUGAGUGAUUCAGAAGAUACUAUCCGAACAUCAUCUGGUCCCGGCCAAAAAAGAAUCAACUAUAGCUAUCAUCCUAUUAUCGACUUUUUCGAAAACCACAGAUAUUCUACAUCCAAGGCAAUAAUUGGAACAAAUGGUGAACAGAGGAAAGAUUUUAACAACAGAAAUGCACAAAUCUAUCCCUAUACAAUAACAAAAUCACAGGCAUCAAAUCAGUCGAAAGCCCAAAGCAGUUAUCAACCGCGUGAGCGCCGCAUAAGUUUUCAACCUAAUACCAAUGCGGAGGGAAGCGGUAUAGUUUUAAGUGAUAGAGCGGGCAGUAGUGUGGCGAGAAUUAGUAAUUUUCAUGCUGACGACAAUGCUUGGCAUCCGAUUAUAGGGAAAACAGAAGAACUUUCUUAAUUUUCCUAUUGCUCCUGCCACUUUUCGUCAAAAUGUAACUAAAAAGUCUUUGUAAAUCGACAUUUCACUUACAGCUUACAUGAACUGCUUUGAGAAUCGCUCCAACUAAUAUGUAUACUCGUAUUACAUGAUUCCUCAGGUUAAUCCCCAUUCAAAUGCCGGACAACUAAUUGCCACAUGUGCUUAAUUCAUUAAAAUCUAAUUUAUUUAUACUCCCCCGCCUGCUAAUACAAAACAUAUUAUUUAUUAUUUAUUUUCCAGUCUAGCGUACAGCAUAUAGAAUAUAUGUACUUAUAUAUGUAAAAGAAAAACAAUGAUUAAAUAAAUUAGUGAAAUAGGAAUUAAGUUAACAAAGUAGAAUAAGAGAUUUCACAUUUUAGAGAUAAUAAAGUUAAGACUUACGUCCUUUUUAUUCACAUGAGGGUUUGGU